GGCUUGUUAUAAGCUGACCGAUUCUGUUCCAAGCAGCGUCGAAUGUCAAGCGAGGAAAAACAAAGCAAGUUCACACGCCGGCAAAAUGUUAGCCCGCUACGGCAACUUUCUGAAACAGCUUCACUGUGCUGGUGUAUCGCUAAGAUAUCUGUCUACGUACACCUGCAAAGAUGGAGUGGGCACCAUUUUGCUAGACAAUGAGAAAACGCGCAAUUCGCUUUCGUUGGAAAUGAUGAACAGUAUUCAAAGGAAUAUUGUUGAAAAUCAGCACGAUUCGGAACUGCGGUGCAUCGUGCUGGCAGCGAAAGGUCGUGUGUUUUCAGCCGGGCACAACCUCAAAGAAUUGACUGCCGAGCGUGGAUCGGAACAUCAUAAACAAGUGUUUCACAAAUGUUCCGAGCUGAUAAGCGCCAUUCAUUCAGCGCCCGUUCCAGUGAUUGCAAAAGUUGACGGAUUAGCGGCGGCUGCUGGAUGCCAGCUUGUUGCGUCCUGUGAUAUGGCUGUAUGCAGUGAUAGUAGCACAUUUUCUACGCCUGGGGCCAGCUUUGGUAUAUUUUGCUCAACUCCGGGAAUUGCUGUGGUGCGUGCCGUUCCGCGUAUGAGAGCUGCUUACAUGCUAUUCACCGGGCUGCCUAUCACAGCACAUGAAGCUCUACAGGCUGGACUUGUAAGUAAAGUUGUUCCUCAAGAUGUGUUGAACGAAGAGGUAAGCAAAAUUUGUAAGGCCAUUGCAUCGAAAAGCCGUACUGUGAUUACACUAGGAAAGACAUUUUUUUACAAACAAAUAUCGCUAGACGUUGGUGCAGCUUACGAACUCGGUGAGCAAAUUAUGGUUGAUAAUCUAGCAACGGUUGAUGGUCGUGAGGGAAUUAAGAGCUUUGUAGAAAAGCGCAGUCCUAAAUGGACGCACAGGGAAUAAGCCAAUGGACCUGAAUUGUGACUAUUUCGAUGCAUUUACUAGAACGAUAGAGAAUGUUACAGUUUGUUUAGAAUCUGCGAGAAUUCCAAUCACGGGUUAGUCCGAGAUUUAUUCUCAUUGCACGUAUCAUUGCAUUGUAGUUAAACGGGUUUGAAGAACUUCGUCUACGGCCAGUCCCAGUACUAAAGCUCGUCGAAUGUAAACGCAUUGUUAAUGCCCCUGUGGUAUUUCUUUAAACGGGACUUUAAACAAAAUAUGUAGGGCUGAUAAUAACCUUAGGAAAUAUGUUUGAUAUGUUUGAUUAAAAUCUAAAUGCUCAAAUCUAAAAUGAAAUAAAAGCAUUAAAUUGAUUGUUUACAAGUUGAGAAUAGUGGCUAAAAUUAAUAAUAAGCAGUUAAGGUAACGUAACAGUUUUGUGUAAAUAAAAUCGGUUGAUUAUAUCCGACAGCCUUUAA